UUCUGUUGUUUACGUGAAAACGUGCGCGUGAAACGCCGUCGAUUGUCGUUUGUCGUUUGUCGCUGUCCAUGUGGAUGCAGUGCAGCAGCGGGCAGGAAUUAAGUGGUCAAAGAUGAAAUUCGCCGAGCAUUUGACGGCGCAUAUAACGCCAGAAUGGCGCAAGCAAUACAUCAAUUACGAGGAAAUGAAGGCUAUGCUGUAUGCGGCCAUCGAGCAAUCGCCAUCAGCGGAACUCGUGGAUCGCGAGAUGCUCACGCGUUACUUUGCCAAAUUCGACGAGGAGUUCUUUCACUACUGCGACAAGGAACUGGCCAAGAUCAACACCUUCUACUCGGAGAAGAUGGCAGAGGCAACGCGCAAAUACGGCAGCCUGCGCAGCGAACUGACAGAGGCAAUGGAAAUGGGCCAUGUGAAGAAGCAGCCGGCGUGGAAGCGACGCACACCGCUGGGCAAAAAGAAUGUCCCAGCUCGAAAGAUACAAGAUCUAAAGUUGGCAUUUAGUGAAUUCUAUUUGGGUCUGAUACUGUUACAAAACUAUCAGAAUCUCAACUUCACCGGUUUUCGCAAGAUUCUCAAGAAGCACGACAAGCUGCUGAGCGUGGAUUAUGGAGCACGUUGGCGCACAGAUCAUGUGGAGGCGGCGCAUUUUUAUACGAAUAAAGACAUUGAUCGUCUGAUACAGGAAACUGAGCAGGCGGUGACACAGGACAUUGAGGGUGGCGACAGGCAGCGUGCCAUGAAGCGUCUGCGCGUGCCGCCGCUGGGUGAGCAGCAGAGUCCUUGGACCACCUUUAAAGUGGGACUCUUCUCCGGCGCCUUUGUCGUGCUCUUCCUCACCGUCAUCAUCGCUGCCAUGUUCUAUGGCUUUGGUGAGAAUUGGCGGGUUGGUCUGCGCAUGUUUCGUGCUCCGUUCUUGAUCACCGAAUGCCUCUUUUUGUGGGGUGUCAAUGUCUACGGUUGGCGCUCGUCGGGUGUCAAUCAUGUGCUCAUCUUCGAACUCGAUCCACGCAAUCAUCUCUCCGAGCAGAACAUUAUGGAGAUUGCCUCGGUUUUUGGCGUGAUUUGGGCAUGUUGUGUGCUCUGCUACAUCUUCUGUGAACCUCUGGGCAUUCCACAAUAUGCAGCUCCACUCUUUCUGUACACUCUAAUGGUUGCCUUUCUGCUCAAUCCGACAAAGACGUUUCAUCAUGAGGCACGUUAUUGGGCAAUUCGUGUAUUGAGUCGCGUCAUUAUGGCGCCGUUUUGCUUUGUGAACUUUGCCGAUUUCUGGCUGGCGGAUCAAUUGAAUAGCAUGGUGCCUGCGUUUCUGGAUAUUCCAUUCCUCAUCUGCUUCUUCGGUCGCAAUCCCACGUGGCACAAGGCUGGCGAGGCUGGCAAUCAUUGUGUGCAGUAUGUGUCCAUUCUGCAUCCCAUUGUGGCCAUACUUCCGGCAUAUUUUCGGUUCGCUCAAUGCAUACGUCGCUAUCGGGACACAAAGGAAUCCUUUCCCCACCUCGUGAAUGCUGCGAAGUAUGCGACCUCGUUCUUUGUUGUGAUCUUUGCACACAAAUUUCACACUACAACGGAUACCUAUGCACAGUCGAAGGAGAAUCCUUGGUUCUACUGUUGGAUAACAGCAGCUCUAUUCUCGUCGUGCUAUGCCUACAUAUGGGACAUCAAGAUGGACUGGGGACUCUUCGAUGCGAAGGCGGGCGAAAAUCGAUUCUUGCGUGAGGAAAUCGUUUAUUCAUCGACGGGCUUCUACUACUUUGGCAUAAUUGAGGAUUUAAUAUUGCGUUUCAGUUGGACGCUGUCCAUGAGCCUCAUCCAGGCGGGUUACAUCGAGGGUGACGUUAUGAUGACCAUUCUCAGUCCCCUCGAGGUAUUUCGUCGCUUCAUUUGGAACUAUUUUCGCCUGGAGAACGAGCAUCUCAACAAUGUGGGCAAAUUUCGAGCGGUGCGAGACAUAUCAGUGGCACCCAUGGACUGUUCUGAUCAGACAACAAUACUGCGCAUGAUGGAUGACACGGAUGGCGUGCUGAAUCGAAGGCGUGGCAAGGCCGCUGGCGGCUCUGGGGGCAAGUCUGGCAAUAAGAAGCAGAAGCAUGAACAGCAGCGUUUACUGCUGCAAGGCGAAUCCGUUGAGGAUCUGUGUGCAUAGUGUGCAGCGAGUGGCAUGUUGUUGUUGUCCUCAGUCAUUUUAUCUCUAUGUGCACAAAUAUUAAGUAUACGUAAAUAUAUAUAUAAAAAAAGAAACA